ACAUCAUUUAUUCAAAGUUCGAAUAUUUUGACCACUUCAAUUCUUACUUCCCCCUCUAUAUAAACACAUAGAUCUCUCUAACCGUUUCAUAAAACACAACAAAACACAUUCCCAGAUCAUAAAAUACUUCUUGUUUUCUUGUGAUCACAAUUCAAAACCUUAUAGGAUCAAAUAAAUUGCAUAUACAUAUGGCAGCCAUUAAUCAAGCUUCAAGCUUUAUGCGCACAAAAACAUCUACUUCUUCACCCUCUUCAUCUUCUCAUAGACUAAUAAUCACAAGGGCUUCUAUCCAUUUGCCCAAGAUUAGCACAGCUAAUCUUGAUAUCUUCACCCCAAAUUUAGCAUCAAACAUAAGCAUGGUACAAGAAAUGCAUAAAUUUUCAAGAAUCACACCCAAGAACCCUACAUCAAACCCUAAUGUGCAUCCAGAUCAUGAAGUGAUCUUGGAGAAGCUUUACUUGAUUCUAGAGGCUGUUUCUGAUCGUGUGGAGAUGCAUAAAAACAUUGGUGAGCAAAGAAACAACUGGAACAGCCUUCUGUUAACAUGUAUCAACACCAUUACUCUUUCAGCGGCAACCAUGGCUGGCAUUGCAUCUGCCAUAACUAGUGUACCUGGUGCACCCUUGGAAACCCUUAAGCUUUCAUCAAGUUUCUUAUAUUUGGCAGCCACAGGCAUGUUGGUUAUCAUGAACAAGAUCCAACCAUCUCAACUGGUUGAAGAACAAAGAAAUGCAGCAAGGUUGUUCAAGCAACUUGAAAGCGAAAUCAAGACAAAGAUUGCAAUAAGCAAACCUACUCUUAGUGAUGUUAAUGAUGCAAUGGAGAAAGUAUUGGCUUUAGAUAGAGCCUAUCCUCUUCCUCUACUUGGUGUCAUGCUAGAAAAGUUUCCAGCCAAAGUGGAACCAGCAGUUUGGUGGCCCGAAAAACCAACAACUUCCAAACGUCGUAACGACAAAAAUGGUUGGAGUGUGGAUCUUGAAGAAGAGAUGAGAGAGAUCAUUAAGGUUUUGGAGGUUAAAGAUAAAGAUGAUUAUGUAAGGUUAGGUGAAAAGGCCUUGAAACUAAACAAAGGUUUAGCCGUAGCUGGCCCUCUACUAACCGGCUUAGGAGCCAUUGGUUCGGCCUUUCUUGCAUCUGCUCCUCAUAGUUCUUGGGCCAUGGUGCUUGGGGUCAUGGGGGGUGCAAUGGCAAGUGUUGUAAAUACUAUACAACAUGGUGGGCAAGUAGGGAUGGUGUUUGAGAUGUAUAGAAGCAAUGCUGGUUUCUUUAAGAUGAUGCAGGAAUCUAUAGAAUCAAACUUGAAGGAAAGAGAUGUGGGAAGGAGAGAGAAUGGUGAAGUGUUUGAGAUGAAGGUGGCAUUGCAGCUUGGAAGAAGCUUGUCUGAGCUUAGAGAUGUUGCAGCUUCAUCUUCUAGAAAAGGGAAAGAUGUUGAAGAGUUUGGAAGCAAGCUCUUCUAAUCUUUUCAAAUUAUAGUUUUGUACAUAUAUCAAUUUUUUAUAAAUUUAUUCAUUGUGUAUCUAAAGUUGCACAUCAUAAAUGUUAACAAGUGGAGAAAACUAUACCAAGAUUCGAUAA